AUGAUUUAUAAUACAAAAUGUAGGCUUAAGCACAUGUCAUGUUCAGAUCAAAUUCCAUUAGAAACAUUAAAAGAAAAAGUUAAAGCAACUUUAAUUAUCCACGACACACUGUUGAACGACACAGAAGCUUACUGGAUAACAACAAUAAUAGCAGAAAAAAAUGAUGGCGAUAAGUCGCACGUGAAUCGUGAGGGGAUAAAAUUAAUUUAA